AGAGCUUUUUGGCCUCUCCAGGGCGGGAGAACGUCGGAGCCAGCCUCCUGGGUGGGAGGGGCGAGUACUAGGGAGUGGCCAAUCACCAAGCCAGCCCUUGGGAGCGCCGCAGAGCGACGAAUCGGAACGCAGCAACGCCUGCCGCUUCUGGCGCGCGUUAAUUUGAAUACCAGAGCGACUGCUGGGCUGAGGAGAGGUCCUGGGCACUGAGGCGCAGGUUUCCCCUGCGAGCGACAAGCUGCGCGUCGAAGGCUGAGGAGACGUGGAGCUUAGUGGAGCUCGGGAAAUUCAACUAAGAAGAUGGCAGCUUUUACUCCAAAGAAGAGGAAGCAGCAUUUUUUGGACUGUGACAGCCUAUUAUCAGACAUUCCAUCCAAGAAAUUAAUUUUGGACUUUGCUGAAGAUCUGUUUCUGUCACCUAGUAAAAUACACACUUGUGAAAGCAGUGAGACAAGUGAAGAAAAUGUGCCUUGCUCUCACCAAAGCCAUUUCGCAUCAAGUCCACUCAAAACAACUCAGAAAAACCGAUUGUCACCUGCAGAUCGCAGCUCACCAUUUAACUCUGCUGUGUCCACUGUAUCUUUUUAUAAUAAGGAUAAGUGGUACCUCAAUCCACUGGAGAGAAAGUUGGUAAGAGAGAGUAGAUCCAUUUCUCUACAAACUAAUGACAAAGAUGAAUCUGUUCCCAUUGUGGCCGAAAAAAUGCAAGGAAAAUCAGUAUGCACCAAGAGGAGGAACAAAAAACCACAGAAAAUUUUAACUGCAAAGUAUCAACCAAAUUAUAAGCGCAUCAAGCCUCUACCAAAAAAGUCUAAAAACUCCACGCAAAAUCGAAUGGCCUAUAAGCCAGCCCUGGAGAAAGAGAAUAAUUGUUAUUCAUCUGAAAGUAAACUGGAUACUCCUCGAGUCUUAAGCCAAAAAAUAAAACCACAAACUACACUCCAGGGUGGAGCAGCAUUUUUUGUUAGUCGAAAAAAACUCUCUCUUAGGAGAGCUCUGGAAAAUAAACCAUCAGUGGGUCUCAACCAGAAGAAUGAAUCAAAAGUGAUUGAAGACUGUGAUGCAGAGUCUGUGUGCGAAAGAACUUUGGUGAAAGAACAAGCACCCAAGUAUUUGUUACUAGAAAAGAAAUUGCAUAUUGAGCUGAGCACAAGAAGUAAACAUGGAGAGAAAUUCAUAAAGGAUUCAUCAGGUGCAACAGUUUCUUCAAAGGAAAAUACACUUGAUAAAAGUAAACAUUUGCCUUUAGAUGAUUCUCCUGGUGAGAAAAAAAUUUCUCCUGAGUCCCUUGUCUAUCCUAUCUUCAGUUCAAAAAGAUCUCCAGCUGAAGAAGAGUCUUCUUUGGGACCUACAACAUGUAUUAACUUCUCAAAACAGACCAAUGCACAGAAAAAUGUGAAUACCAGAGAUACAAAUAAAGAAACAAAAGACCAGCUCAUCAUCGAUGCAGGUCAGAAAUACUUUGGGGCUACUAUGUGUAAGUCUUGUGGCAUGAUCUACACUGCUUCUAAUCCUGAAGAUGAGACGCAGCAUAUCCAGUAUCAUCACCGAUUUAUGGAGGGAAUCAAAUAUACAGGCUGGAAAAGAGAACGAGUAGUAGCAGAGUUUUGGGAUGGAAAGAUCCUGUUGGUCCUGCCACGUGAUCCAAGUUACGCUAUGAGAAAGGUAACAGAUGUCCAAGAACUUGUUGAUUAUGAAUUGGGCUUCCAGCAAGUUAUACCCAGGUGUCCAGAGAAAACCAAAACUUUUCUCUUUGUUUCUGAUGAUAAGAAAGUAGUUGGGUGUUUAAUUGCAGAGCCCAUCAGACAGGCCUUCCGUGUCCUGUCUGAGGCAACUGGUCCAGAAUCCUCAGGCUCUAAGGAAUAUUCUAGAGCCUGGCAAUGUUCAGAUGUGCCAGAACCUGCAGUCUGUGGGAUAAGUAGAAUCUGGGUUUUCAAACUCAAGAGAAGAAAGCGCAUUGCAAGACGACUGGUAGAUUCUCUCCGGAAUUGCUUCAUGUUUGGCUGUUUCCUCAGCACAAAUGAAAUAGCAUUUUCUGACCCUACACCAGAUGGCAAGUUAUUUGCAACCAAGUACUGCAACACGCCUAAUUUCCUUGUGUACAAUUUUAAUAAUUAAUGCCAACUUCAACUAUAAAACAGUUACUAUGUGGAUAAGUUCAGAUAACUCCUUAUACAGUAUAAACAAAUUAAUAUCGAGAUAACAAAUACUGAAACACAUCCCUAUAGUUAUGUUCCUUAUAAUUUUGAAAGUUGGGGAUGUUUGUUGAAAGGCAAAUCUUUGGAUACUGAUAGCACUGUUACUCUAUAAUUAUGGAACUUCAUAGCCGUAAUUGGAAAAUUUCUGCUUUCUGUAUAAGAAAAUUGACAAAGCAAGCUGGUUUCUAUAGAAAUAUCACCACUUGUCUUGUAUAAAGCAGUUUGAUUUUAGACCAGGAUUAUCUCACCUUGUCAGAAGCAGAACAACAAAUCCAAACCCAGGCAAAUCAUUUCAUGUCCAGUUUUUAAAGAUAAUUUCUGAAUUUUCUACACAGAGUUCUCACUUUACAUGAGUUAUCUAUAGAAGUUCAAUUCAAUAUAUUUAGAGACAGGGCCAGAGAUUUAGCUCAGUGGUUUGCUACCUGCCUUGUAAGCACAAGGACCUGAGUUGGAUUCCUAGUACCCACCCCGCAAAAAAUCUAUAUGUAUGUAUGUAUUUUUAGAAACUAUUUUGAAUUUCUAAUUAGUAAUAAAAGAUGGUAAGGACUGAGUGACAUACGCCAUAUCCAUUUGUGUAAAACAAAUUAUUCUAUAGUUUAAUGUGUUAAUCUUUUCUUUUGGUAUUGGGAAUCAAACUCAGGUCCUUAUACUGGCAGGCAGUUGGAACCACUCAGCUAAAUCCCUGGCCCAAUGUGUUAAUCUCUUCGAAAAGCCAGUCAAUCACAUACAAACAAAACUAUCAGAUUUAACUGAAACUAUACUUACUGCACUAUUGUUAUUUCAUUAGUUUUUACUAUAUGAAAAUAAGGAUAAUGCUGCUUAUAUUUAGGGAACUUGUAACUAGUAAAAACAAAUGCUUAGUUGGAUUGAAUGACUUAUUUGGUUUCAUGUUUGAGGUUUUUUUUGCUUGUUUAAAAUACACCUCACUUGUUUUGAGAUGUCUGGCAAAAGUCUUUGAAAAAUGUAUGGGAACAGACCAAGAUUAAUAAAUAUGUCUAAGCUGAUGGACCACAGAGGAUUAUGAUGGCCCGUAAACACUGUACAUGUAUUGCUGUGGAUAAUUCUUGGAUACUUUGAAAAACAAAAUGUAAUUCAUAUUGUUUGAAGUCAUUUAAAAUCAUCCUCUGGCAAUAAGACUUUAAGGACGUAAGCUUUCCAAGUUGUCUUGCUCUGUCUGAUCUGUUCAGAUGUAGCCUUUGUUUGCCUAUAAGUUGAUGUGGUUCUGAAAGCUGGUGUUCUAAAAGGAAUGUGGGAGUGUUAAAAUGAAUGUAAUUAUGCAAACAUUUU